AUGCACAAUCAAGAACAUGGGCAGCCCGACCAGGCUUUACCCUCAAAUAACGGUCAAUCAUCCUCGAAGUCCUCGCGACCCAACGGCAAAGGCUACGAAGAGCGCGAGAACGCCAUUGCCUCGAUCAAAUCAUCCAUUGGCCCGCGGAAAGUUCCCAUAGACCUUGAAAGCCUUAGCCUCGAUCCAAAACUUCCACCGAGCAUGUCACAUGGCCCCGCCAAAAGGAAUGGAGCAUCUGCGAAGCAUUACAACGAGGUCGAAGACGAUGACCUGGAGGAUUUAGAGGCGCGAGUUGCUGCAAGGAAGGAUGAAGAGGAGGAGGGCUCGUCUGCACCACCUGCUACAAAUGGCGCAUCUUCCCCGUACAUUACCUCUGCUCCUGCAGUGGACUUUGACGGACUUUCAUGGCCAAGCACUGGCACACUAGCACGUCUUCGGGAGAAGGAGAGCCCAGAGGAAGCGCAGGCGAGAUUGCAGAAGCUCGCAGGCGCAGUACGGACUAUGUUGGAAUGUAUCGGGGAGGAUCCGGACAGAGAGGGCUUGCAUGGUACACCGAUGCGGUACGCCAAAGCCAUGAUGUUCUUCACCAAGGGCUACGAGGAGAAUCUGCGGGACAUCGUUAAUGGCGCCGUGUUCCACGAAGAUCACGAUGAGCUGGUCAUUGUCAGGGAUAUCGAGGUCUACAGUCUGUGCGAGCACCACUUGGUGCCGUUUAUUGGAAAGAUGCACAUUGGGUAUAUCCCGUCUCAACGAGUAAUUGGCUUGUCCAAGCUGGCACGUAUCGCGGAGAUGUUUAGUCGUCGCCUGCAAGUACAGGAGCGAUUGACGAAGCAAGUAGCCCUUGCUCUUCUAGAGGUACUGGACCCGCAAGGCGUCGCCGUUGUCAUGGAGAGCACGCACAUGUGCAUGGUGAUGCGGGGAGUGCAAAAGUCAGGAUCCAUUACCACGACGAGCUGCAUGCUUGGUGCCAUGCGCAAGCGGGCGAAGACCCGAGAGGAGUUCCUGAGUCUGCUUGGGCGCAGGUAG